CGGCUGUGGAGCUGGGAUCUGCGGUUGUUCGCUUAAAUGAACCUGUAGAGGCAGUUAGGUUUACCAGAUGAGGAUCCGGAGGUCCACCGAGUAUGUCUUAGGUCUAGAUAGUGACAAGGCUGGGGCUCAGAUCCUCCCUUAACCUUAGCGACGGGGCCUGGGGCCUCGGGCCUUUUCUCCGCGGAGAGGGCAAUUUUGGGAGGGUCGCUCCAGAGAUGGCCAGGGACCCGGGGAGCAUCUGUUUGCCUAGAGGAUUCCCAGUGGGAUGCUUUGGCUGUGCCUCUUUUAAGGAAAGGAGGUCAGCGUGCGGUUGCGCUCUUUCAAAGGGGCAAGUGGCGGAUAGGUUUCUGUUUGGAGGCACAGCAGAUGCCCCCAAGGCCUCUGUAGGAAGGCAACCUCUCGACUUCUAGUAAAUUACCCAGAGCCCUAUCGUUCUCAAAUAUUGGAUUAUCUCUUUAAGCCGAACUUCGGUGCCUCUUUGCAUAUUCUAAAAGUUGAAAUAGGUGGUGAUGGGCAGACAACAGAUGGCACCGAGCCCUCCCACAUGCACUAUGCAUUAGAUGAGGAUUAUUUCCGAGGAUAUGAGUGGUGGUUAAUGAAGGAAGCGAAGAAGCGGAACUCUAAUAUUACACUCAUGGGGCUGCCGUGGUCCUUCCCGGGAUGGCUGGGGAAAGGUUUCAACUGGCCUUACGUAAAUCGUCAGCUGACUGCCUACUAUGUCGUGACCUGGAUUGUGGGCGCCAAGCAUUAUCAUGACCUGGACAUCGAUUAUAUUGGGAUUUGGAAUGAGAGGUCAUUUGACGUCAAUUAUAUCAAGGUGUUAAGAAGAAUGCUGAACUAUCAAGGCCUCCAGCAAGUGAAAAUCAUAGCGAGCGAUAACCUCUGGGAGCCCAUUUCUGCUUCUAUGCUGCAUGACCCCGAGCUCUUGGAGGUGAUUGAUGUUAUAGGAGCUCACUACCCUGGGACCCAUACAGUAAAGGAUGCGAGGCUGACUAAGAAGAAGCUUUGGUCUUCUGAAGAUUUUAGCACUUCAAAUAAUGAUGUGGGUGCAGGCUGCUGGGGUCGCAUACUGAAUCAGAAUUAUAUCAAUGGUUACAUGACUGCCACAAUUGCUUGGAAUCUGGUAGCUAGUUACUAUGAGCAGUUGCCAUACGGACGUUGCGGAUUGAUGACUGCGCAGGAGCCGUGGAGCGGGCACUAUGCUGUAGAAGCUCCUAUCUGGAUAUCAGCUCACACCACACAGUUUACUCAACCAGGUUGGUAUUACCUGAAGACAGUGGGCCAUUUAGAGAAAGGAGGAAGCUACGUAGCUCUGACAGAUGGCUUAGGUAACCUUACCAUCAUCAUUGAAACUAUGAGUCAUAAACAUUCCAUGUGUAUACGGCCAUUUCUUCCCUAUUUCAAUGUGUCACAACAAUUUGCUACCUUCGUCCUUAAGGGUUCUUUUAGUGAAAUACCAGAGCUACAGGUGUGGUAUACCAAACUUGGAAAACCAUCUGAGAGAUUUCUUUUCAAACAACUGGAUUCUCUAUGGCUCAACAGCGGUGGCAGCUUCACGCUGGAACUGCAGGAGGACGAGCUGUUCACACUCACCACCCUCACCACGGGAAGGAAAGGCAACUACCCGCUGCCCCCCAAGUCCCAGCCCUUCCCCUGUGUCUACAACGAUGACUUCAAUGUCGAUUACCCAUUUUUUAGUGAAGCUCCAAAUUUUGCUGAUCAGACUGGCGUAUUUGAAUACUUCAUGAAUAUUGAAGACCCUGGAGAGCAUCGCUUCACACUGCGCCAGGUUCUCAAUCAAAGACCCAUUACUUGGGCUGCUGAUGCGUUCAACACGAUCAGUGUUAUAGGAGAUUACCAGUGGUCCAAUCUGACUAUAAAGUGUGAUGUCUAUAUAGAGACCCCUGAGAAGGGGGGUGUGUUCAUUGCUGGAAGAGUGAAUAAAGGUGGCAUUUUGAUUAGAAGUGCCAGAGGAGUUUUCUUCUGGAUUUUUGCAGAUGGAACCUACAGAGUUACAGGUGAUCUAGCUGGAUGGACCAUAUAUACUGUAGGACAUGCUGACAUUACAGCAAAAAAGUGGUAUACGCUCACUUUAACUAUUAAGGGUGGCUUCUCGUCUGGCCUGCUGAAUGGCUGGCCUCUCUGGAAGAAUGUGUCCGUGACCUUCCCGAAACACGGCUGGGCCGCGAUAGGAACGCACUCCUUUGAGUUCGCACAGUUUGACAACUUCCACGUGGAAGCUGCACACUGAUACUCAUGAAGUGCCACAGAACCCUGCAGGGAUUUUCUUUUUUUUUUGGUUUUGGUUCAGAGCCAAUUCUUGUUCUGAUGGAUCAAUAGAUGAGCCUUUUGGAGGCUAAAAAUAAUGAAGAGAAAUGGGGAGAAAAAAAUAUUUUUGCUAGACCCCCUGGAAGAUUUUUUUUUAACUAAUUCCAAGGGGAAAUGGAUGAACCUCUGACGUGACCUGUUAUGUCCUGCAGACAGGACCCUGUGUAUGUCGGUCCUGUCCUUAGGAGUGGCUUGGGUGUUCAGACCUCAAAGCCUCGUGUUAAGCUGAGGGAGCUCUCGUCAUCUUAUUUGCAAGUGACCAUGCAGAUGGCAGCAAUGUGAUCAUCACUGUGAUGCACUUCUUCAUGCUGACCGCGUGUCCGAGGGAGCUGGCGACCUCCUCGCAGGUGACGCUGCCGCACCAGGAAGCUGAAGGACACUGGAAGUGCCGCUUUUUGAAAACCACUUCAACGUGUUAUGCUUACACACUAACAAGUGUUUUUCUUUUCCUUUUUAAGAUGAUGCUUUUGAAUUAUAGACAUGAUGAGUGGGAUGAUUUGAAAAAUGCCUCAUUAAUAAACUACCUCCAAAGCUAUUUCUACACUAAUAAAUAGCAGUGGAUUAAUUGA